GAGGCAACACGGAGUAGUUGCACUAAGUUCUAGUCUGUUACAAGCCUUCGAACUAGAAUGUAUUGAGACAAGACUGCGCACUGUGUUUAUUUAAGUCGCGUUUACAAUGUCAUAUGUGUUGUAUUUUUAUGUUUUCCUUGUGGUUUUUAACCUUGCCACUGGUUAUAGUUCAAGUAGGAGAGGUUACGAUUCGAAAAUUAAAUACCCAGAUGAUGAUUACAGACCUAUUGGAGUAGAUAUUCCACCACAUUAUCAACAGUAUAAUCAUCCUGUUGUGGUACAUGAUGAUUCUGAAUACUCUACAUAUUCUGAUAAAUAUAGUUCUGAAAUGAGCCAGGAAGAAAAUGAAAUACCCUUGGAUUAUAUAAAACACUUAACUAGUUUCAAUGUGAGCGAUUUGUUGCUAAAUUUUGUUGAAAAUGAAGAGCAAUCUAUGGAUAAACCGACAUUUGCUUAUGCUACGAAGGAAAUAAUACCUAUGUUUGCAGAUCGAUUUGGUGGCAUUGACGAGAAAGAGGAAAUUGACGCAAAUGAAAGAAGCGCCUUUGUAGUUGCAAAAAAGGCCGGCUGCAUACCCGAAAUGAAAGCGGUGGAAAUAGUAAGAAAUUAUGGCGAUAUUUUUUAUAUUCCACAAUGCACCAGAGUUGAAAGGUGUGGCGGCUGUUGCGAUCAUAAACUUUUGUCUUGUCAACCCAUUGAGACGGAAAUAAUAACUAUGCAGGUCAUUAAAACACAAUAUAAUCCGAACACAAGAAAACUGAAAAAAGUUGGUAAAGAACUGAUCCAGGUUGAGAAACACAAUAAGUGCAAAUGUGAUUGCAAAACAAAAAAAUCUGACUGUAAUAUUUACCAAGAAUACCAUGCAAAUGAAUGCAGAUGUGUGUGCAAAAAUAUUGACGAAGAACAAAAAUGUUACAAAAAUAACGAGACUAAGCUAUGGGACCCCGAUGUAUGUGCAUGCACGUGUAAAGAUCGAUUAAAUUGUGAGGAAGGAUUCAAGUUUGACCAAAAUGAUUGCAGAUGUGUGCCGGUAACAACGAGAAGGUAUACAAUUAAUUAUGAUAGCGAUGAGGAAUAAAUGUGAUGCUUAUAAAUAAACUUUAU